UGCAGUGCUUCACUGAAGUCAUACUGGGGUAAUACCGUCAUCUCUUUGAAGGCGCCACUGCUGGAGUGUGACAUGAGCUUCCCUCCACCACCUCCACCUUACAACCCACAUGGCUGGCAGCCCUCUCCCCCCUUUCAACCACAGGGCUUUGCACCCCAGUAUUAUCCAGCUGGUUCCCCAGUUGUCCCCGGAACUCCUUAUCCAGGAGGAACCGCUUCCCCUUAUGCCCCAGGACCUCCUCCUCCAGGACCAAUAAAUUACCCCUAUGCCCACCCAGCGGGAUAUCCUCCCUAUCUGGGACAACCCCAGCCAUACCACCAAUGUCCGUCCCAACCUGGAGAUGAUGAUAAAGGCUCCAAGAAGCGCAAAGGGUCCAAGAGAAUGGCUGCUGCCGCUGUUGGAGGGUUGGCUUUAGGACAAAUGGUCUUGUCGGGCAUUAAAAGCACUAUUGAGGAAGUGAUUUCAUAGAACCCUUGUCUUGAAACAAAUAAAAAUUAGGUGUUACAUGUGUUUUGUUUUAAUCCUCGGAAGCAGAAAGUUUUUUUCAUUGUCCAUCUCUGAGGUGGAAGGAUAGUUAUUAAAGAUUGUGUUAAAGCCUUUUACUUGGACCAUGACCUCUAAUGCAGAAGCAAUUUUUAAAGCCACCUUUUGAUAUGAUUCAUUCAAUUUGCUAAAAUUGGUGUAAAAUUGGUCUGUUGUAUGGAAUGUGAUAUUUUUAUGUAUUUAAUGCAACUUUUAUUGAAACAAUAGAGGACAGAUUAAUCUGAAAUAAAGGAUACAUAUCUAACUAUAACAAACCUUGUUAAAGUUUAAAGACUAAAAUGUAUUAAAGCUCUUUACAAAUUUAAA